CAUUUCCAAUCAAAGGUGUCAUAUACGAGACUACCUUUCCUUUCUGCAUAGCUAAUGGUGUGGAAUGGGGUGGAACUUGACGCAAUCUCAACUUUCAUCUCACUUUUGAGAAUGCCUUGAAGGAAUAUUAUUGGAUAUUUUGUUUCAUACCAAGCUCAAACCCAAAACCCGGAACGGGGACUUAUCUCUGGUCUUACAAAAGGAGCUGUCACGGUUCACAAUGACUACAUUACACCAGGUACUGCUGCCAGGGGAAGUGGAUGGUGGCGACUCACCCCGCCUGUCAAUAACAGACGACACUCAUUACCUUAUAACGAACAACAGCAGACGACAAUCUCCAGUGAGUGCUUGCGAACCGACCAUGGCGCGUCAAGAGUCACCUACGAACGAGCGGUGCGUUGCCAUGAACGAUCUGCACGCAGGGGAAUCGGAGCAAAGUAGUUCACCGCGGGAACACAGCGUUGAGACUUCAUCUCCGCCGCAGCAAACUCGGACUUCGCCAGACGAUCUCGGCAUCGACAAGAACGCCAACAUGCAGCGGGUGGGCACGGCGGGAACGAAGGCCAGGAUCCCGUCGGAAACGGGCUCCGAGGCAUUCGCCAACAGCGGGCAUAACGGCAUCAGAGUUGAAAUAAAAUCGAACUGUGACGAAAAACCGAUUUUGGAUGACGAGAACGACAAGUCAAGAAGGUAUUCGCCUAUGUGUAGGGGUAAUGUUGCACGCUCGAUUGGGAAGUUGGUAGCGUGUUUUCUCUGUGGAAUUAUCUUCGGAAUAGCAGCAGAAAAGGGCAGAGUUUUUGAAACGGCUACCAUCCGAGGGCAGUUCAUCUACCAGCGAUGGAUAAUGAUGAAGAUGUUCCUGUCUGCUGCUGCGACCAGUUGCUUCUGCCUCGCUCUUCUCUCCGUCAUCCCUGCCACAAAGAACGUCUUUGAGUCCUCAAGAACGGCCUACGUCGCCGGCCUCACGCAGAAGGGGAUAAUUUCCGUGACAAUCGGUGGGGCCAUACUCGGCGCCGCGAUGGUGCUCUCCGGUUCGUGUCCAGGAAUGGUGUUGGUCCAAAUUGGAGCAUGGCUAUCUAAUGGAGGAGGAGCAAUGACAUUCUUUGGGUGCAUGGUAGGUGUGUUCCUUUACGCCCUAGUGGAACCAUUGACGACGAAGAUGAUGUCACCAACGAAGCCAUAUGACAAAUAUUUAGCCGACAGCUACACCGAGAAGUGGAAGGUACCGUUUUUUGCUAUGGCUCUUGUCGCUGGGGUCAUGAUGGGCGCGGUCGUCGUAACCAUUGAAGUAUUAGUACCCUGGAAAACAGACCUUCUAAACCCAAAUGUCAAAGGCUCGUGGUUUUUUGAGACGUUAGCCUGGCCGCCGUAUGUAUCUGGAGUAUUGAUCGGGUGCCUUCAGAUCCCCCUCGUAAUGUUAAUGAGUGAUACCAUCGGAGGGAGCAGUAGUUACUGUACCUUAGGGGCACAGGCUCUCGUCACCAAACGGAUGGAAUUGUGGUCCCCGUACCUCGCGAAAUUCAAGAGAGGUUCCGAAAACUGGUGGCAGGUGUUUUAUGUGGCAGGGGCGAUAGCUGGUGCUUGUAUCUCCGCGGCGGCUUCGGGUAGCUUGGGCAGCACGCCCGGUGUCAGUCUAGCGUCAUCGUUCCUGGGAGGAGUUCUGCUUAUCUUUGGGGCUAGGCUCGCAGGAGGCUGUACUAGCGGACACGGACUAUCUGGCAUGGGGGUUCUUUCAGUACUGUCCUUUGUCACCGUCGCUGCCAUGUUUGCGGGGGGCACAGCCUUUGCCUUCAUUUUUUGGGCCGUCAGCAACGCAAGCAAGUUGGACUACUACACUUUCUAAAGCAACAAAAUUUUCCCAUGACCAUGAAGACCCAGCCAAAGGACACCUUGGUGAAGACAUCAUCAUCCAUUCUGGGUCUGAAGCAACAAGAUUGUCCCAAACAAGUCCAUGAAGAUCCAGGCCCAGGACGCCCUGGUGAAGACAUAAUCACCCAUUCUGCUUCUAGAGAAACAAGGUUGUCCCAAUAAAACCCUGGCACGGGACGCCCUGGUGAAGACAUCAUAUACACUCUGCUUCUAAAGCAACAAGAUUGUCCCAACAAGUCCCUGAAGACCCAGACCCAAGUCACCCUGGUGAAGACAUAAUUACCUUUUCUGCUUAUAGAGAAACAAGGUUGUCCCAACAAAACCCAGGCACGGGACGCCCUGGUGAAGACAUCAUUACACACUCUGCUUCUAAAGCAACAAGAUUGUCCCAACAAGUCCAUGAAGAUCCAGGCCCAGGAUGCCCUGGUGAAGACAUCAUCAUCCAUUCUGCUUCUAGAGAACAGGAUUGUCCCAACAAAACCAAGGCACGGUAUGCCAUGGUGAAGACAUCAUUAUACACUCUGCUUCUAAAUCAACAAGAUUGUCCCGACAAGUCCAUGAAGAUCCAGGCCCAGGACGCCCUGGUGAAAACAUCAUCAUCCAUUCUGCUUCUAGAGAAACAAGAUUGUCCCAAGAAAACCCAGGCACCAGCCGCCCUGGUGAAGACAUCAUAUCCACUCUGCUUCUAGAGAAACAAGAGUGUCCCAACAGACACCAGACGCCUUUGUGAAGGAAAUCUUCACCCAUUCUGCGUCUAAAGCAACGGAGUUUCCCCAACAAUGAAGAACCAGGUACCAGACCCCAUGGUGAAGAUUUCAUCAUCUAUCUGCUUCUGAGCAUAGGUCCAUGUUCUGAGAUAAUCUGAUUCCAUAUAUCGUCGGCCUCAUGCCAAAAGGGCACAAACCCAAUUUUGUUUGUUUUUAAUAUUUACUUCAUCAUGUUCAUCUCGACAUGCUUUUUUUAAAUAGUGUCCCUCUUUAGUCAAAAAGCUAUAUUUAUCAAGAUAUUUGUAAAGACCCCAAAAUCCUAACACGUAUCCCUGAUUUCCGUUUGCCACUGGGCCUUAAACAGUGCGGCAAUUAGCUACAAUUGAUUACAAUAUCUCAUGCAUUAAUCAUACAUAUACGCUUUGGCUACGGCCCUUUCGGCAUAAAUACGAGUCAUUUUUACAUGUUUUUUUAUUGAAUAUAAAACUAGAUAUUCUGACCUUUCAUCAAAGUAUUCAAUAUAGUAGGCUUUCUUGCGUAAGACAUAGUCAAUAAACUUAAUUGUCGAGAUGGGGAUUGAGUUUACAAACGAAGAAACGCGCACAAACUUUACAAUAAUAAGAAAGUGCCAAACUUUAAAGUCAUUUA